GAUCUAUUAGUUUUAGAAAUACUGACUUUUAGAAAGACCCAUAAAUUAGACCUGGUCUGGUUUUCCCUACAUGUAACUUAUCCGGGCAUCUUUAUCUCGCAAUAGUGUAGGAUAUUUUGAUAGUGGAUAAAUUAAGUAGAAAGAGUUGGGAGCACAGAGCUUUCCGAGUGUUGAGUAUAAACCACGGUGGUGGCGGUAGAGGUCUACGAGUGAUUGCCGGGGCUUCCAGACAUCAAUUCGUCACACAGACGGCAGAGCCGCUAUCUGGGCGGAGUAAAGAAACAGUCUUCUCAACAGCCAGUCCAAUUCCAGUCGCGAAUGAGCAGAGACGACCUGGGCGAGUGGAGCACACGGCGUGCUGGAAACUGCAGGGAGUGGAGCAUAGCUUUGAUGAAGAAACAACUAUUUGGGCACUGCAGGAAUACUAACCGUGUGGUUGUUUUUGUCUUUCACCCCCCUUGCAGCAAUUUGCAGUUACCGUCGUAUGCCGUUUCACAAAACAGUCUAGCCUACGCCUAACUUCUGUAUCCAGCGAGAGUAUUUCCGUUUCUUUUUUAAAUUGUCUUUAAAGCGGAAUGAAUGACAAAGACAAAGGUUGAUACCAGUUCUCCCUCUCAUUUUGUCUCGCCUAAGAAAAAGGGGCUUAGACACAAAAUGGAAAGCGGGAGCGAGAGCGGCGACAGUGGGCAGUCGCAAACCCUCAAGCCGCACCAAUUCGAGCAGCAGCCGGUGGUGCAGCCGCUACAAGUGAACGAGAAAAAGAAAAUCAAUCGAGCUCCUUCUCCGGCAAGACCGAAAGAUGUUCCCGGGUGGUCCCUCACUAAAAUCAGAGGAGGCAUCGGGACGCCAACGCUCAGUGUGAAACCAGGUUCCAUUCACAUUGGGAGCCGGGUAUCUAGACGCAGCCCGGUGAGUGGUAAAGACAUUAAGUCAGAGAAAGGGAAACUACCGGGGAAAUCCAUGCUCUCUGUCGCUAGCGCCCCGAAGAGCAGUGGCAAAUCUGCGAAGGUCGGUCGAAGGAAAAUAUCGGAUGCCAGUAACGCUUCCGAUGAUUUGAGCAAAGACUCGGGUUGCGCCACUGGAAAGCUUUCACCUACAGACAGUAGCUCCGAGCUCUCUGAUUGCGCUUCGGAGGAAAAUAAACUUUCCACGGACGCCUUGAGCAGUGACACUGAAUCCAGCAGCCGAGGUGGGGCAGCGGAGAGUGAGAAAUCUGGUAAAGACCACUUUUUUGGGCGGCCCGGGAAACUUGUCCGGGGGGAUGAUGCCAAGACACCACUGGAAAAGGACCGUCUCUCUAUUGGCAUGGAGACCGGGGAAGGUAGCAUCUCUCCCGGUGACGAGAGGUCUGUUACCUCCUUCGACAGUCGGAUGCUUGCUAGUACUUCACUGGCAUUUUCUGACCUGACAGAAGAGUUCAUUGACGGUACUCAUGAGAAAUUUGUCAGAGAAAUCGAAGAACUGCGUUCAGAAAACGACUACUUAAAAGAUGAGAUUGAGGAGCUGCGCUCAGAGAUGCUGGAGAUGAGGGACAUGUACCUGGAGGAGGACGUGUACCAGCUGCAGGACCUGAGACAGCAGCUGGACCAGGCCAACAAGACCUGCCGCAUCCUGCAGUACCGCCUGCGCAAGGCCGAGCGGCGCAGCCUGCGCGUGGCCCAGACCGGACAGGUGGACGGGGAGCUCAUCUGCACCCUGGAGCAGGAUGUCAAAGUUGCAAAAGACGUGUCCAUCCGCCUGCACAACGAGCUGGAGUCGGUGGAGAAGAAGAGAAUCAGGCUGGAGCAGGAGAACGAGGAGCUGAGAGUCCAGCUGCAGGACCUGGAGGUGGCCAAGCAGGUCCUCCAGACAGAGAUGGAGAAGACCAGAGAGCAGAACUCCCAGAAGAAGAGGGGCACCGAUCGCCGCUCGAACAGCAAAGCGGAGAAGAAACCCACCCUUCAGCUCGAGGACAGCUCUGACCUGAGGUGCCAGCUGCACUUUGCCAAGGAGGAGUCGGCGCUCAUGUGCAAGAAGCUGACCAAGUUGGCGAAGGAGAGCGAGAGCAUGCGCGAGGAGCUGGGCAAGUUCCGCUCGCUCUACGGCGAGGUGGACGCGGCGCUCACCGUGAAGGAGGUGGCCGACUCGCCGCACACGCGCGAGGCCGAGGUGCGCGUCCACCUCAAGCUGGUGGAGGAGGAGGCCAACCUGCUGAGCCGGCGCAUCGUGGAGCUGGAGGUGGAGAACCGCGGCCUGCGCGCCGAGAUGGACGACAUGAAGGGCCAGGACAUGGGGCCCGCCGCUGGGGGAGGGAUGGGGCCGGGGGGCGCCCUGCUGGUGCUCCAGGGCGCGGAGAACGUGAUGGAGCUGCAGCGCCACCUGCAGUUUGUGGAGGAGGAGGCGGAGCUGCUCCGGCGCUCGCUGAUCGAGCUGGAGGAUCAGAACAAGCUCCUGAUGAACGAGCUGAACCGCUACAAGUCCGAGCUGCCAGCCAACGGGGAGACGGAGUCACUGACCUCCUCGUCUCCGGGGCCGACAGGCACGCUCCUGGAGGAAGGGGGGAGGGAGGCUCCGGGCGAGGCCAACCACGAGGAGCUCCUGGCAGCCAGACUCCAGAUCGGCGAGCUAGGCGGGAAGAUGAAGAAGCUCCAGUACGAGAACCGCGUGCUGCUGUCCAACCUGCAGCGCUGCGACCUGGCCUCCAGCCAGCGGCCCGCCCUGGAGACCGACGCAGAGGCCGGCGACUCGGCCGAGUGCGUGCCCAGCGAGGGCCUCCGCGAGGGGCCCGUGGGCGGCGAGGGGAACGAGACCUCCGAGGUUGCCAGGGAGGCGCUGGAGAAGACGGUGCCCGGCCUCGGGCUCCUGAUCUCAGACUGCGGCCACACGCGUACCCCCUGCCUGCUGAAGGACCGCGAGGCCCUGCUGGCCGUCCGCGAGCAGGCGGAGCUGGUCACCACAGCCAUCCAGCUCCUCACGUCGCCCGACUCCAACUGCCUCCUCUCGGCAGCCUCCUCGGACAGCCUCUAUCGCAAGCUGUCGGCCGGUGGCGGCGAUGAGGCAGCAGAGAACGUGAUCCUGGAGAAGAGCCCGCCUCCGACGGCCGAUCUACCCCUGGUAGAGGCCCUAAGGGGCCGGCUGUGGGUGCUGCAGUCCCAGCUGCAGGCUUUUGUGGAGCGCGUGGAGGCUCUGGGAGACUCCCCGGGGAGGGAGCAGGUGGAGGGGGCCUCGCCUCUGCCGUUGCUGUCCGAGUCCGGGGGGCCCGUGGUGGGCAUGCCUUCUGCCUUAGCCCCCUGCCCUUCGGAGAGCUCUGCUGGAGCUACCACAGCCAAACACAAGUCCAACUUUAGGGACCAAUCAGAGCGGGAGGUCAAAGGGCAGGAAGCCUGUCUGAGCAAAUCAGAAGAGGAGGGCCACGGCCAUCUCGACAGCAACAGGAACCAGGAUGCCCGUGACCAAGAGUUGGACACGAAGGAGACCAGCAGUGUACUGCGUGAUGAGGUGCAUGCCCUGCAGGCUCAGCUGAGUGAGGCGAGGCAGAAGGCCGAGGGGGCCGAGCAGGAGCUCAGUCUGGAGAGGCAGGCACGCAGAGACGACACACACAGCACCUCCCACAGGCUCAGCCAGUUGCAGGAUGAGCACCAGAAGGCCUUGGUGCGGAGGGACUUCCAGCUGCAGAGCCUGAGCCUUCAGACGCGGCUGCAGCAGAAGUUCUGGAGCCAGGAGAGGAACAAGCUGGUGCAGGAGUCCCAGCAGCUCAAGCAGAGCCUGCUGCUGCUCAGCCUCAAGCUGCGCUGGUUCCUCAAGCAGUGGCGCCUGGGCAAGAAGCUGGAGGGAGACGCCCAGGACAUCCUGGAGGUAAACAAUGUGAAGGACCUCUGCCUGCUCCUCGAAGAGGAAGCCCUCAGCCCUCACCAGGGGGACAACAAGAUGGCCGCCGCUGAGGAGCAGCCCCUGAGCCCCACAUUUAAAGAGCACUGCCUGCUGGAGAAGAGUUACAAACAGCAGAAUGGUGGUCUGAGCGGCACGCUGGUGGAUCUGCAGGGAACGCUUCAGGACCUGAGCGUGGAGCUGCGGGAGGAGAGGCAGGGCUCGCAGGAGCUCACGCAGCAGUUUGCCAAGGCCAAGGCCUCCUGGGAGGUGGAGAGGACUGAGCUCAAGAGCCUCAUCACACAGAUGGAGAGCAAAGCCGGGAGGGGAGCGUUGCUCUCGGGGGCUGACAAGGACCCUCCGGACCUGAAGGGGGCGCUGAAGCGUGAGCGCGAGGAGCACCAGCACCUCCUGGCGGAGUCCUACGCGGCCGUUAUGGACCUGACCAAGCAGCUGCAGAUCGGCGAGCGGAGCUGGGGCCGCGAGAAGCUGGAACUGCUGGAGCGCCUCAACCAGGAGCGGAGCCAGUGGGAGCAGCGUCUGCGGGAGGCCCAGAGCAAGAGCUCACAGGCUCUGAGUGACAAGAUGACAGAGGGAGGAAGCCUAUCUGACGUAGAGACAAAUGGGACAUUCUUGGAGAGGACCAAGUCCAUCUCCUCUGUUAUUGAGCUGGAGUCUCUCCUGGACGCCUGUCCUUUCGCACAGGGUCAGGAGGUCAACGGCAAGGAGUCCGGCAGGCUCCAGUCGGCCUACUCCUCGCCCCUCCUGGCCCGCACCGACCUGAGCGGCCUGAACCGGAAGAACUGGAAGUACCUGACCAGCGACUGCGCCCCGCCAGAGCAGGCCGACCCCUUCAAGACGUGGGACUGCCCCGGCACCAACAGCAGCAGCAGCUUCCCCGGCCUGGAGCUGAGCCUGCAGGGCCCCCAGCGCAGCUACACCGCCCCGGACAAGACGGGGAUCCGCAUCUACUACAGCCCGCCGGCCGUGCGCAGGAUGGAGGCCAGGCCCUCCAAGGGGAAGACCCAGCAGCUGCAGCAGCAGCAGGCCCAGAGGGGCCACUCGUCGCGGGACCCUGGGGAGAGCCAGCCCUCGGUGUCGGCGCCCACAUCCAGCUCCUCGCUGUCGUCCUCGUACGACCAGUGGCUGAGCACGCUGUCGCAGCAGCACAGGGACCUGCUGGAGGGGAGGACGGGGGUCGGAGGAGGGGCUCCGUUCCACAGCCUGGAGAUCUCGGGGAACCUGAGCGACGACAUGAAGGAGAUGACCAACUGCGUGCGGCAGGCCAUCCGCUCCAGCUCGCUGGAGAGGAAGUGCAGCAAGGACGCCGGGAGCCAGACGGCGGGGGUGAGCAGCACGGGCACCCAGACGGCACGCCUGGUCAGCGUGGGGAUGCAGACGGACGGUGCGGGGAGUAGGGCGGGGUUCCACGGUAAGAGCUGGUCCCCGCGGCCGUCGUCCUCGCUGGCCUCGGCGCGCUCGCGCCAGAUCUCGUCCUCGCUGGAGAAGGUGGCCGGCCGCAUGGAGCGCCCCUGCUGCUCGCCCAAGUACGGCUCGCCCAAGCUCCAGCGCCGCGUCUCGGCCUCGUCCUCGCGCCUGGACGUCUCCUCCAGCGUCUCCUCCUCGCGCGACCGCAGCCUCUGGAACCUCCACCAGCGCAGCGCCUCCUGCGGCUCGGCCUGGGCGCGCUCCACCACCACCCGCGACUCGCCCGUCCUCAGCGGCCUCAACGACGGCCUGUCCAGCCUCUUCAGCGUGGUGGAGAACGGCGGCAGCUCCGAGGCCCUGUGGAAGGCCGACCUGUCUAGCCCAGCCAGACAGCCCGCCGGGAAGCCCUCCGGCCCCAACCCUGGGGUGGGCCUCAACCAGGCCUUGGGGGACUCGAGUCUAGGCGUAAGCGUGGGCGUGGGGUCGCACAGGUACGGCUCGGUGCAGGAGUUCAUCAGGACCGUGUGCGGCCGCUCGCAGGGCCCCAGCUCCAGUGUGGACGAGCCCAAGCCAGAUUGCCUCUCUGGCCUGCUGGCGGGGAGUGAUAACGUCACUAAGAUCGUCAACAAGCGCUUCAUGAAGCCGGCCCGAGAUGACCUGGUGCCCACCGGCCUGGCCAAGGAUGCCAGCCUGAGGGAUAGCCUGCCUGGCAGCUCAGGUGCCCUGGAGGACUCUGUCUGUGACUGUUCCUCUCAGUCUCUUACUUCCUGCUUCGCUAGACCUUCUCGCCACACCGCACGCCACUCCCAGAGCCAGUGCAAGCACCGUCUGCCCGAGGCUGCUAUGACAACAGAGGAGAAGGUGGAGGUUAGCGUGGAGUAGCGCCAGAAGAGCAAGAACGUUCACAUACUGCCACAGUACACGCUGGCAAACCACCAUAAACACACUCAGACACUCAUAAACACAAACACACACACACAAAUAUGCUCAGAUGCAUUACACAAUCACAAACUGCCACAAAACGCACUGCCACACACAAAAUACACUGCCACGUUUACAAAUUCACAUACGCUCAUUGACACCUACUCUCACACACGCAGACGCAUGAACACAGCCACACACACACGCGCAUGCACAGACACUGCUGUAAACAUGCAUAACACUUUAUACUCUGAGGAGCAGCGAAGGCCUGAAACCCUCGGGGGUCUCCAUGUGUGUGGAGACCUAGA